CUCCUACUGGCCGUCUUAUACGGAGGGAGCAACGGGCCAUGGCAGAGCGCCGUUACAACUUAGGUACGUUACUAAAGAAAUACCGGAAGCUAACGGGGUCCCUUUCGCUCCUAUGUCCGCAUCGGACGACAUCCUACCGGACAUAAUUCACAUCUCAGCCUCUUAGGGAUUUGCUAUAGUGUUGCACAGAAACACCUCGCUACGUUACCUUAGAUAUUCAUGUGGGGUGUAUAUAUCUUCUGGCUUAUCGAUUCAAGUAUUAGGUAGGGAGGUAGACAACCCAAAUCAAACUCAGCCAUCUUCGGGCCCCGGGGCACUAUUCAUAUCUUCAUAAAUCGGCAUGGCUCCGCAUAAUGUUCAAGACGAAGCGCCGUCGGAAUUCAACGAUGGACCUUUAGGGACCGAAAUACGGCCACCCACGCCGCCCCCUAUGUCCGCAAGCCCACCCCGAGUUGUGGUUAUCGGCGCGGGGUCGCGGGGUCAUACCUAUAGCCGCUGUAUCGGCGAGUCUAGCAACGGCGUCGUAGUCGCCAUCUGCGAGCCAGAUAAGUAUAAGCGCGACGAGUUCGUGCAGAACUACAUCAAGCGCGACGGCAAGACACUCCCCGAGGGCUCUAGCUUUAAUGAUUGGCGCGAUUUCGUCGAGUGGGAGGUGCGCCGUCGUGAGCGCGAGGCUGCUGGGGAUAAGCAUGUACCCGAAGGUGUCGAUGCUGCCUUCGUGUGUGUCCGCGAUGAGAUGCAUCACGAUGUUGUUAUUGCUCUCGCCCCGUUGGACCUGCACAUAAUGUGCGAGAAACCGCUUGCCGGAAAUCUAGCUGAGUGCAUCGCCAUGUAUCAAGCCCUAGCCCCUUUGCAGCCCCGCAAAGUCUUCUCCGUCGGUCACGUACUACGAUACUCGCCGCACAACAUACAACUCCGCAAGCUACUGCUCGAGGACCGCGCCGUCGGCGACGUCUUAAGUAUCGUACAUACCGAGCCCGUCGGAUACUGGCAUUUCGCACAUUCGUACGUCCGCGGCAACUGGCGCAAAGAGUCUACUACCGCGCCGUCUCUACUAGCCAAGAGUUGCCAUGAUAUGGACAUCCUGCUCUGGUUGAUGUGCUCGCCUACACGUCCCGGAUCUGACGAGCCCCCGCAUAUCCCUUCCGAAGUCGCAUCUAUGGGCUCGUUGCAAUUCUUCCGAAAAAGCCGGAAGCCCAAAGCCGCGGGCGCCGCGACGAACUGUCUCAGCUGUGCCGUUGAAUCCGAGUGCAUAUACUCAAGCAAGCGGAUAUACGAAAGCCCGCGGCACCGCGGUCUGGAGACAGGUAACAGGUCCUGGCCCAUCAGCAUCCUUCUCCCAGACAUCGAGAGCUUCGGCGGCGACAUCGAGCGCGCACGACCAGCCUUACUCAACCGUCUAGCCGAAAACUACGACGAGUCGACGCCGCAAGAAGAAAUCGAUGCGAAGAACUGGUUCGGGAGGUGCGUGUUCGAGUCCGACAACGACGUGUGCGACGAGCAAGUCGUCAACAUAAAAUGGGACGACGACCCCCUCCCCUCCACCACCACCUCCGGAGACUCCGUCGGAAACCGAGGCGCCAAGCAAGCGACCUUCCACAUGAUCGCGCAGACGAAGAAGCAAUGUGAGCGCUUUACCAACAUAUACGGGACGACAGGCGAGAUCUACGCGGACUCGUACAAGAUCACCGUCGAGGACUACAAGACCGGCACGACGCAGACGUACACGCCCAAGCUCGAGAGCGGGGGCCACGGCGGUGGUGAUCACGGCAUCACGCGCCAGUUCAUCCUGGCCGUCGACCGCGUCAAGAACCACGGCUGGGAAGCCCCGCGUGCCCAGAGCGAGUUCAUCGGCUGUAGCUUGGAAGAGAUCAUCCGCAGCCAUGCCAUAGUGUUUGCCGCCGAGGAUUCACGGAGGGGGCGCAAGUACGUCGAUUUUAAGGAUUGGUGCGCCGAGAAGGACAUCGCUGCUAUAGCGGCGUCUUAGACUGAUGAUUUUACUACCUACAUUCUGAUUAGUCCUAUAAGCAUUUCAAAGAGGUCCCUAGCUACCUAAUUUAGCUAUGCGUGGAGCUCUGGUCGUUCUGGCGUUUUUGCUGUGUAUCAUGUUGGCAUCCGACGAGCCAAGAAGCUGUUAUGAUGGUACAAAUCUUUGUCUCUUAAAUAGUGAAAAUUAUGUAU